GCUGGCUGGCAAGGAAAGGGAUGCUGGUGAUUGUUGUAGCCUAUAUGUAGGUGUUUUGAGGUGUACGGCAUUCUGAAUAAUACUGCGAUAAGUGACUUGGAUAUACGCCCUCUGGAUCCCUGGCCCUUCCUCUCUAACCUAUCGCCGUCCACCAGAGCCGCAGUCUAGCCCCCCUGUCCAGCUCAAAGUCGAACUACAUUCUAUUUCAAUGUAACGUCGACUCGUCAGUUAGUUGGAUAAUCCACCGUCGAUUUGUUGCGACAGAACACGACCAGUUCAUGAGAUGCGGGGCCGUCUCAGCUUCUAGGCCAGCCGCAAAGCUUUUCAUUCCGAGCGCUUCUUGAGGUCCGAUCGAAGCGGCUCAAUCGAUUAUGUUUGAAUGAAGUGUCUUGAUGAACCGUGACUCCAGCGCGAGAAAGGACGCGGAAAUCCAACGCCGUCAAACAAAACAGGACUAGACUGGAGUCGCAUUGAUUCUCAUUGAAUGGUUGACCUACCGCUCGGCUCGAUCACAUCUAGACCAGCGGCCGGCUCAACUGUGCGCUCAGUGCAACACGUCUACAUGUACCUUCCACUGUGAGUUAGUUGGCCUGGGUCGUGUGUUCGCCUGCGCUACCGACUGUCCAAGUCGGCAAGCCUGGCCAGCCCGUGCCGAUCGCCUCGUUUGGGUCGGUCCGGCGGUCGCGGCCGGCCUCGGAGCUGAGUAUUUGCAGUACAUGUAGUUAGUUCUGUGAACCGAACUGUCGCUGGCCCCGGCUCCAGUCAUGAGCAACACCGGCCGCCACCCGGCAUCGUCGUCGACGAGCGAUGGCACACUCGAGACCAUGAAGCGUCUCGGCGUUGCGGGCCGUGUGCCGAGCACGGCGUACUUCGUACCGGGCCGCCUGAGCAUCGAGUCGCAGGCGCUGAUCAACAAGAAGCUCGGGCAGCUGACGCGCGUUAUCGUUCAGCUGAACGAAGUGCGUGUGGACCACGACCAUCGCGUGGCCUGCAUCCAGUAUGAACAUGAUACCGCCAUCGAUGCUCUCCAGGCUAAACAUGAUAAGGCAAUGCAGGAUCUCACACGUAACCUACACGACUCCAACCUUCAGAUCACUACCCUGAAGGAAACCGCGUCGCUACUGCAAGCGGAAGAGAGCAAGCGCGAGGAACUCGGCAUGCAGCUGUGCAAAUCUCAGGAAAGCGUCGCUAACAUGAAGCUGGCACUGGAUGUGUCGGACGCCGCCCACCGCACGCUGAAACUCAAGCUGCAGGACGCAGAGGGCGAGGCCAGGCGGGCGGCCACACACCAAGCGCAGCUUGACACACACGUCGAGUCUCUUCUAAGAGAUGUCGACAAGGCCAACGCGGAGGUCCAGCUCGCAAACAAGACCCGGAAGAAGGCCGAGGAGGAAUCGGCCGCAUGGCUAAAAAAACGCGAAGCACAACUGAGCAAAGAGAUGGGCGCAUUGCGUGCACAGCACAAAUCAGACAUUGACUCCAUGCACAAGGAGCUGCAGGAUGUCACGGCCGAGAAUGGCGAACUGAUCACGAAUGUGGACCGCCUCGAAGCACAACUCAACAACGCACAGCUGCACGCAGCUGCAGAAAUGCAAAAGCUGCGGGACGAGAUUGCCAGCCUGAAGACGAACUUGGAAGAGGUAGUCACGGCCCAUGGUCAAGGCUGUCGUGACACAGCGCAGCUCUCGGCAGACUUGGCCGAAAAGGACAACCGCAUCCUGCAUCUACAGAAAGAGCUCUCGGCAGCACAGCACGAACAGGCUGAGCUGGAGAAGGACAACGCGGAUCUGAAAGCGUCAUCCAACAUACUACAGGUCACUAACCGCUCACAUGAAGAAGACGGCCGCAAACGAGCAGCUGAACUGGGUAGCCUGCAGGGUGAGUGCAUACAGCUGCGCUCCGUCGUCAAGACGCAGAAUGCCGAGCUGGCACGCGUCAAUGCCCACUGCCUGGAGCUGGAGAAACAGCGUGCCCAGCUGGAGAUGUCGCAAGACCAGGCCACCGACCAGCUGAACACGCGCUUAACACAUCUUGUCAAGGAAAACCAGACGCUGACCAAACGUCAGACGGAGCUCAAAGCACAGCUGGCAACCGAAGCACAAGACCUGCGUGCCUCGCACGCCAGAAAGGAGCAAGAGUUCGAGGAGCGCCUCGCCCGUCGUCUCAAGCAGGCCGAAGGCCAGGCCGAGGAGCGGAUAGCACGAGAGCUGGACACACGCCGGAAAAAGCACGGGGCUGACGUGGAGCAGCUCAAGCGGCAGCAUGCGGAUGCACUUAAAUUACGGGAGGACGAAUUCACUGCCAAAUUUGCUGCUGUUGAAGCAAAAUCACACCGAACUGUCACAGAUCUUAGAUCGAAAUGUCAAGAAUCGGAGAAAGUAGCAUCGCAAGCGCAAGCCAGGCUUACGAAACUAGAAGCGGAUUUCCAGGCGCAGGGCAAAGCCAUGGAGGAGCAACGAGACAACCUCAGCACGACCUCUGACGAGCUGGCUGCUGUCCGCACCAACCUGGCAAGAGCAGCUUCGGAGUUGGCGGAUCUGAGAGCGCACAAAGUGGCUGCGAGCAAGGACGUCAAGAAGCUGGAGCUUGAACUGAUGGCUGCUAGACAAGAGAACGAGUCCAAGACAAGGGCGUUGGAGCAGGAACACAAGACCGCGCUGGCGAAGCAGAAUGCCCGCCUGGCGGACCAGUGGACGAAACGUCUAGCGGAUGAAUGCGGACGGCUGCGCUCCGAGUUUGAGUCAAACCAAGACACGGUCCACCGGAGCGCCGUGGCACAGAUGACCGAGCUUCACGCCCAACAGCUCGACAUGCUGCGGGAGGAAAGGCAGACGUUGGAAGCGACGCGGCGUGAGGAGUCCGAAGCCUGCAAAACUGAAGUCAAGACUCUGCAGGCGGCUCUCACGGAAGCCAAACAAGCCUGCAAGCAGACACAGGAAGAUCUCACCACCGCAUCGAAACGGCUCAUGACUAGAGAUCGGCAAAUGACGAGUGAGCUAGCUGCGGCCAACAAGCGAUACGAAGAGCUGAAUCAGCGGCUCACUGCAGAACUCAACAAGCUGAAGGAGCAGCUAGAGAGGCGUGAAGAGGCGCAACGAUGCGAGGUCCGAGAAAGGCAAGAGGCAGAGGCGGGCCUGCGACAUCACCUGGAACAGGACAGGCAGCUUGCGAUUGAAACCGCCGCCAAACAGGCGGCUCGCCAGCUUGAGUUGGAACUGGAGAGAGUACAGUCACACCAUGAACAGAAGAGGAACGAGGAGAGGGACACUCUGGAAAGGAUGUAUUCCGAGAGCAUGCGAGAACAGACCCACAGACAAGAACAGGAGAAAACUGAUCUUAUGGAAAAGGUACUGGAAGCAUGCACAGCAACAAAUGCAGCCAAAAUGGAGAGCGAGCAGCGGCUAGAAAAGAUCCAAGCCCUCGGCAACGACCUUGCUCAGUCCACGCAGGCAGCUGAGAAACUGAAGGAGGAGAUCAGAGCAUUGAACGAGAGUGUCGACACUAUCAGACAGGAGAAGCUGGACAGCUUGGAAGAUAUGUAUGCAUCAUUGAAGUCAGAGCACAAACAGGAAAUGACCGCCGCGAGUGAAAUGUAUCGCGUGCGCCUCCAAAAAGUCUCACAGCGGGUUCAGGCGGAGCAGGAGACCUGGAAAGCUUCCGUUUACAAGCUGGAAGAAGAGCUAAAGGAAUCCGCCGAGGCGCUGGAGAAUCGACCGCCAAGGCCCGAAGACUUGGCAGCCAUACGUGAUCUGGAGAGCGAGCUCAUCAUGCAAAGAGAAACCAUACGCACGUUACAGGAUGCCUCCAAGGACGCCAGAGCCAUGCUCGCCCAGCAGAGUGACAUGAUCAAUAAGGUGUACCUCGCCGGCUCCAAGAACCCAUUCCAGUUCUGCGUGGAAACGAAACCAAAGAAGGCACCACAGCAGCUGCCACCCUUGCCUGCUGCCCAGCGACGUGGCUCAGCCCCGCAGAUUCAAGUGGGUGCUCAGUCAAAGUACCAACUGGCCAAGGAGGAACAGCUGAAGAGUCGCAGCCAAGGGGUCAUGAUCUCCACGAAAGCCCAACAGGAGAUCCUGCAGCGUCUGCACAAGAUAACCAGGGACGCCUGGAGCAAAGCGGACGAGCCGGCCCAGCAGCUAGCAUCGACUGCAGGAGCACACACUCCAAGCGCGCAGGGCCACACCAGCUCUCUUCCGCCUAUCAAGACGAGCAAACGAGCUGGCGAAGCAUCACCCACCGCUCGUCAUCGAACGCAAGCCGGCGGUACGACGACAACACAGCAUGCGUCAGAGCAGCAAAUGGAAUCGUCUCGUACUGCCGGUCUCAGAAAACAGGGACGGUCAUUACCUGACUCGCUUAACCUCCCAGUAGUCACGAGUCGAAAGCCGUAACAACAGGAAUUACCCUGAGAUGAACAACGACUAAGACUUAGAGUAUUCAUAUUGGAACACUCCCUUCAGUGUAGUGGAGAUUCGUGAUUUCAUGCAUUCAGUGGUAAUCAUUCAAAUUGAGAUUAUUUCAUCCCCGGCACCGACGGCUUUAGAACAUGUUGCAACAAUACUGUAUAGCGUGCGUGUGUGUGUGUGUGUGUGUGCGUGUGUGUGUGUGUGUGUGCGUGUGUGUGUGCGUGUGUGUGUGUGUGUGCGUGCGUGUGUGUGUGCGUGCGUGUGUGUGUGUGUGUGUGUGUGCGUGUGUGUGUGCGUGUGUGUGUGUGUGUGUGUGUGUGCGUGCGUGCGUGCGUGCGUGCGUGCGUGUGUGUGUAUUAGGCUCCGCGGAUUAUGCUCGAGAAAUCAUGGAAUUAUGCUUUCGUGGAUGCUCGCAUUAUGCUCGCAAAAUCUUCAUAACUAUUAUGCUUUGAGAUGCAGGGGUACUUAUUCACUUUGUUGUGCCGGCUUAUGGAGCUUGAAAGUUCGGAAAAUUGUGUUUUUCGUACUUUCAAGUGGCCAUAACCACGACAAAGUACUCCUAUGCCAAUAUCAUAUCUGGUGUCCAUGCAUGCUAGAAAUCGAUAUCGAAAAGAGAAAACAGUACUUCUUCAAUUCA